AUGCCCAAUCUUCCGAGAAUUAGGAAUGGGCUAAGAGAAAUAUUUUGCUACACCCUACCGAAGGAUCCUUCACUUUUGUCCAAGCAGGUCACACAGGCGAUCGUCGAUUGCAAUCGAGGUUCACCCACAAACUCUAAUUCCGAGUCCAAUGAAAAUCCUAAAACUGCCGAUUUCUGGGUUCGCCGCGAACGGAAUAACGAUCAUUUAAAUUUACACUGCUCCAAUGCCAGCAACAACAGCAACAAUAAUCACAGAAAAUUGAAAGUUUUUUAUCGUUCUUUGUCUCUUGUUCAGCCAAAUGGUCCUAUUGAAAUUCCUCAUUUGGGUGGUGUUUCUACCCUUGUCCAAAGAUGGAGAGGUUUUGAGGCUGAGGCAAAGAGCUUGAAUUCAAACAAUUCACCUAUUUGCAACAGCAAAAGCUAUUCUGGGUCGACUUUUUCAGAAAAUAAUGCUUCAUCAUCAUUUGUUGAAGUGCCACAAAGAAACUCUGAUGCCUGUGAGUUUGUUGAUGGAAGAUAUGAAACUCCAACUUUGAAUGAGGACUCAUUUGCUGAUUGGGAAUCUGAUAGGGCAGCUAUGAGCGGUCCACCUUCUUGA